AUGCAAAAUGCUAUUAAUCCUCCACUGGCACGGCAAAGUGUCGCACCAUUAAUUAGCUCAAAUUUAGCGUCUACCUUAAUGCGAGGAUCCAAUGCUCACGGUAUAACCGUUAUAGAUGUUUCCGGGCGACAGGGUUCCGUAUCCAUAACAGAACGUGGCCAUUCUGCAACUGUAACAACGCAUCGUAUCAUUCGUGAAACAGUUUGUCAAGCAAUAUUUUUGGCUCUCAAAGUGAUGAUAAUAGCAUUCGAGAAGCAGAUGACAGUAUUAUGGCCACGGGUAUUUAAAAUCAUCCGUGAUUUGCUUAGCAAAAAGAUUGGUGGUACCGCAUUAUAUUCAUUUAUUGAUUUUAUGAUCGAUGUCAACUUACCGAUAUCAUUAAUCAUUUUACCAUUCCUGCAAAGCAAAACAGCACAGAAAGUUUUAACUGAACAAGAAGCGGCAUGGCAAGCAGAGUUCAAAGAACGCCUGCAAUUGUUAGGUGGUGCAUUUGGGAAUAAAAUUCGUGGAUAUGGAUCUUUGUUAGAGGAAUUGUCACAGGAAUUACAAACGAUGAAGGACGAUUUUUCGAUAAGAGCUUUUGAAAGUGUUCGAUCUCAUACACCAACGAUCACGGAGCUUCAUAGUGAUUCGGGUAGUUCACAAAGUACCGUUGGACAUCGGCAUUCAAAUAUACGAUCAAGUGCUAAUGAAGCACGACGCUUAUCAGUUACAACAAUCACAAAAUUAAAUCGAACAGCUUCUUCAGUACAUCAUAAAGAAGUAGCACCUGAAAGGACUAUCGUUGAAGGUACAGAGGAUGACAAUUCAUACAUGAUGUCUUCAUCGAUUACUGCAACAAAAAAUUCCAUUGGUUCUGAAAAACGUACAGUUGUUGAAUUGCAUGAUCUGCCGUUGUUUUCGAAAUAUCGUAAAUCACCAAAUAUUGAGAAAAGGCAAUCAAAAUUAGAAACUCUCGUGCUUUCACUAAAUUUGGAGGAGCCACUUAUCUCGCCUUCAGAAUCAGAAAAACCAAAAGUCGUAUCAUUUACAAUUCCAGCCGAACAUCGACGUGAUUCGAGUGGUGAUGAAGAUUUCGUAGAUCGCAUCACAGCACGACAUCAUUAUGUGUGA